GCUAGCAUGUGUGGCUGUGCUAACUUUGUAGAUUAGCAGAGUAAUGUUGUAGUUUUCUUUUCCUUCUUCGACUCUUGGAUGUGUGGAAGUGUCCGGGUUUGAGGAUCUUAAAACUUUAUUUUGACGGUUCUCAGAGACCUGAGAGGACGAGAAACAAGAUCUGAAUACGAAGAGGAGCUCCACCACCAAAGAAUAUCCUGGAUGUGACUUUAAGACCUGCUAUAAAGCUGCAGGAGGCUGGCGUCCUUGGUGAGUAAAGAAGAGCAGCAGGAGUGUAGUCCCAGUCUAGACCAGGAGGACACUGAGCCCCCCCACAUUGUGAGAGGAUAAUGAUGAACUGAGGAGCAGUCAGGAAGGGGAGCAGCUUCACAGACUGGAGGAGGCUGAUAUCACCAAUCCUGUUUCUUUAAACAGUAAAAUGAUGGUAGAAACCUCAGUCCUCACAGCUUCAUUGGGAGCUGAUGAAGAGGACUGUGGAGGAGCAGAACCAGCCAGGAGCGCAGAUCCAGAGAGACAUCUACAACUAAAGACUGAGGUCAAGACUGAGGACUCCUCAGGAGCUGAGACUGAUGACAGUGAUGAUUGGCAGAGGACCACAGAGCAUCCAUCACGUUUAGCUUUUCUAAGAAAUGAUGACGUCUACCAGACUGCAGCAACUUUUGACUCUGACAGAAUCUGUCAUCCAGGAAGGACAUUUUUCAGUGGCUCAGGAUGUUUGAACCAGAUUACAGUAAAUGGAGCUGUGGGUCAUGAAAUCGAUGACAUCGGGGUACACAGAGAAACAAAGCAGGAGGACAGUGCAUCCUCAUUUAUUAAAGAGGAACAGGAAGAAGUCUGGAUCAGUCAGGCCGAUACCCCAAAGUCACUGUUCACUCCUGUUCCUGUGAAGAGUGAAGCUGAUGAAGAGAAAUCUCAGUUCUUACAUCUUCAUCAGAGACAAAGUAAACAGAUGGAAACAGGAGCUAAUGGAGAGGACUGUGGAAAACCAGAACCAGCCAGGAACUCAGAUUUGGAGAGCCAUUUACUACCAGAGACUGAGGUCAAGACUGAAAACUUUUCUGGAACUGAUGACAGUGUGGACAGUGAUUUUUGGACAGAGACCAGACAACGGCAGCCAAGUUUAGAAUCUGUAGAAAACACUGACCAUGCUAGAGAAAUGGCUCAAAAGACAUCACAAAGCUGUUCAGAGUGUGGUAAAACCUUCAAAACAAAAUGGCUUUUGAAACAACACAUGAGAAUUCACGUCGCAGAGAAACCCUUCAGAUGCUCUUUUUGCACUAAAAGCUUUCAUCAUAAAGGAAAUUUGACAAAACACCUGAGAGUUCACACAGGAGAGAAACCCUUCAGCUGCUCUGAGUGUGGUCAAAGAUAUGUUGACAAAUCUUAUCUGAAGUGUCACUUAGCAGUUCACACUGGAGAGAAACGCUUCAGCUGCAGGGUUUGUAAAGAAAGAUUCUCAUGGCAUUCGCAGCUGAAAAAACACAAAUGUGUCAGAGGUCAGGAUUCAGAGCAUCCCAAAACCCAAAACAGGGGAAAAAAGAAGCAGAAACAGAAGUUGAGAGAGAGGGAGCUGGAGAGAACUGUUGACCAGCCUGGAACUGAAAUCCAGUGAGACAUUUGCAACAAGAGACUGAGGACAAGGCUGAAACCUGAGACUGAAGACAGCCAUGAUGAUUGGUAGGAGACCAGAGAACAUCAUUCAGGGUCAGACUGAGAACUAAAGAAGUUUAUUUCAGUGACAUGAGAUGGCUUACUGAUGAGAAAACACUCAGAUGCUCUGACAGUGGUAAUACCUUCAGUUGGAGCUAAUCUUCCACAAAACCUAUUUUGUCCAUCUCAGCUGCUUUAGUACCAGCUCUGUGUGAGAGAGCCUAUUUAUUUGUGGAGGAGAGUGCCAAGUGGGUUUUUGCCUCUGAUAUCAAGCUCCUGGCCUUGCACUGGUUGGUGCAGAGUUUGACCAUUGCCUGCUGCCAGUGUGUGCUAAGGACUGCAAUUAAGGUGCAUCAUGAUGCAGCGCGACAGUCUAUCACCGAAGUGUGCUGGGCUUAACAAAAGCACUAAUUUGUAGUAUUCUACAAAGUAUGUGUUAUUGGGCCAUAUUUCAGUUCCCAGUGCAUACUAUGCUAUCUCAUCUUGAGGUUUUGUGUGUAAAGCAAUGUUUUUUAUGUAAAAGUAGAUGAAAACUCAAUUUUUACAGCCUCUCGGUAUCACAGUAAUGUUCAAUAUUCACAUAAUAGUUAUCAUUCUUCAAGUUUACUUUUUGGUUUAGUUGGCCAAAGAUAAUAGAAUAAGAUCAGUGCGUUGACUACUGUAGUGGCUGAUACUGAAUUUGGUUUUAUUUCAUGUAAGUAAUUUUCUUGUAGCUAAACCUGAUGUCUUUGCUUUUUUUAUCCAGCUAACAUGAUAAAAAUACUUUGGCGAUGUGUCCAAGCUGAGGUCAGAUUGAUUAACUUAUUAUCUCUCUGUGAUAUUUUUUACAUUGUCUUCUAACUGAAGGGUUCCUCUUUUGGGAUAAAGGAGUUUAUGAAAUAAACCUAAUCUGACU